AUGGCUUUCAAAUUAUUAUCAGGUUUUCUCGUUGAGAAUCUACCCCCAAAAUCUGAAGAUAUGAUCACAGUAAGAAAUACAGAUAGUUUACCUAAAGUUUUUGAAAUUCUUUCUAAAAACAAUAUAUUGUCAGCUCCAGUUCUAAAUGAAAGGAAUAAUCCAAUUGGAUUGGUGGAUUUUGUUGAUAUUGUUUGUUGUGUCAUUCAGAUAAUAAAUCAUACCGAUCUUUUAGGAAAUGAUUACUAUUCUUUCCUUGAAAGGGAAGAUCUUUUUAGUCAUACAUAUGCAUCUUAUGUAACUGAUCUAUCAGAAGGAAAUCCAUUUGUUCCUGUAAUUAAAGGAGCAUCAUUGUUGGAAGCAAUAACAGUGAUGUCAAAGAACAAACUUCACAGAGUACCAAUUAUAUGCAAUGAUACAUCACCAAGUGAAACUGGUCCUAAAAUUAUCAAUCUUGUGACGCAAUCUGCUAUUCUCACAUUUUUAGCUAAACAUCUCGAUGAACUUGGCUCGUGGACCGACAAAUCUCUGGCGGAACUCGGAUUCGCUGAAAAACCAGUUGUAACUAUAAACUCACACAAGAGAGCAUUGGAAGCAUUCCAACUAAUGACUGAAAAGAGAGUUACUGGUAUUGCUGUGGUAGAUGAAAAACAACAGAUACUUGCAAAUAUUAGUGCACGUGAUCUUAAGGAACUGUUGAAUGAAACUAGAAUCUUUGAGAAUCUCUAUCUUUCGGUGGGCGAAUUCAUCUCAAAGGUGAGACAACAAGAUUACAAAGCUGUAAACCCAUCGAUUUGCUGCACCAAAGACGAAUCACUCCGAAAGUUGAUGACCAGAAUGGCCGCUGCAAAGAUCCAUCGUGUCUAUAUGGUAAACAACGAUCGUAAACUUGUCGGUGUCGUAAGUCUACACGAUAUCCUUGAGAAACUAUUGGAUCAUAUCAACUCUGGUGGUGGUUCAAACUAA